AUGGAAGGUGAAACUGAAGCAAAAGAGAAUGAUGGAGAGAUCAACGAAAAUGAGAAUGAUGAAGAGAAAAACGAUAAGGAGACUGAAGAAACAAAUGAUGAUGUCGAGACUAGUAGAAAAAAUGAAACAAAUCAAAAUAUGUUGGAUAAAGUUGUUGAAAACAUUGUGGAUAAUAUCCUUGGCAUUAAAUUUUCAAAUUUAAAUAGUCAAGAAGAUGAAAUCUGGAAUGACAAUGAAAUGAAAAUUAUUUUGGAUAAUAUUGAUACAGAACGGCCGCCCUCCCACGGCCCCCAUCGUCUUCGUCUUUGGAAGAAACAACCGGCGUUGGCUGACGGCUCUAAUGGUGGCAAUGGCGUCGGCUGGACUCGCUGGUCUUGCCUGAUCGGAACAAUGAGGAAAAAUGGGCAACUGGAAGAUGGAGGAAUAAGGUGGUGGUUCUUCGACUCCUAUAGCGGCGGCGGUGGCGGUGGUGAAGGGGAAUAA